GUGUGGACGGAGGCGCUGUGCAGGUCACAGGUGCUAGAGGCGUCGCUCCGUCACACGACUACAAGGUUUGCGCCACCUACAUGGACGGUUUCAGGGCGACGGCAGUUUGUCCAGUCGGAGGACCAAGAGCCGCAGAUAAGGCCCGACGGACCGCAGAGAGCAUCAUCAAACGGUCGAAGCGGCUCUUUAAGCAGUUGGGUUUUGAAGAUUUCAACUCUGUUAACAUCCAGGUCCUCGGAUCCGAAGACACGUACGGCUCCAACGCUCACACCAAGGGCUCCAGAGAAGCCGUGCUCUGGAUGUCCGUCCAUCAUAAACAGAAGAAAGCUCUUGAACUCUUCGCCAGAGAAGUCGCUCCUGCAGGGACGGGCAUGGCUCCUGGACUCACCGGCAUCGUGGGCGGUCGACCCCGAGUGUCUCCGGUCCUGAAGCCGUUUUUCUUCUUGCAGCCCAAAUCUGAGCUGAAAGUCGAUGUUCACAUGGAUGCAGAACUGAUGGAGUCUUUCUCUGAGACGGGACCAGAUGCAUCGGACCAGGAAGCCACUCCCCCCUCUGCAGAGGAUUUCCAAGACAGAGACCUGCCCAGCGGACCACACAGCUACAGACUGGAGGAACUGGCUUAUACGAGGAGCGGAGACAAAGGAGACUCUGCUAACAUCGGCGUCGUCGCUCGUCAUCCUCUCUUCUUUCCGUACCUGAAGAAACAUUUGACUUCUUCUAAAGUUCAGGAAUAUUUCUCCCACCUCAUCGAGCCGGGAGCGAAGAACGCCGUCACACGGUACACUCUGCCGGGGAUCCACAGCCUCAACUUCGUCCUGCAGAGUUCACUGGGUGGGGGAGGGGUGGCGUCUCUACGCAGUGACCCCCAGGGAAAAGCUUACGGUCAGAUGCUGCUGGACCUGAAGCUGAAAGGACUGCCUGACCUCAAAUCACUGGUGGAUUAAGAGAAAGAGAAAAAAGAGAGAGAGAGAAAGGACAUAAAAACACUUCACAUAGAAAAGAAAGUGAAAGUGAAGGAGAAAAAAAAAGAAGAAAAUUCCCAGUUUACAUAGAAAGAAACUCAGAGGAAGAAUCAUUAAUGGAUCAUUUAUGGAAAAGGUGAAGAUCACAUUGCGCAAUCAAAAUGUCGGGAAAAUUCGGGAGAGCAGGAGAUGACGUCAUCACACGAGUAAACAUUCUUGUUCACGCAGAGAGUCGAGUUUAUUUAGAUUUACACAAAGCACCCCAAAAGAAUCACAGAUGAAAUAAAACCUGUAAAGAAAAAAGAGUAAAUAUUUAAUGUCAUGAGUUGCAGCUUAAGGAACGGCCACUAGGGGGCAGUGGUGGUAAAUGUCGGAGCUUUCGAGCACAUCACAUGCUCCUCAUCAGCAGUUUGAGUCUUUUAUCUGUUGCCAUGAAAUCGUAAGAUGGUCAAAUUUCCUCCUUUUUCAUUCAACGUUGGCUUAAGAUUAAAACUCCAGGAUCGCCGUCCGUCUUUGUGCUUCCACCAAACGUCGGCGAUGAAGAUCAUGUUUUAACGAUUGAAAGCUCCACAACAGCUACUAAAUGGACGUUGGGAGGAGAUUUUGUUAACUGCUGUGUCAAAAUGUCAAGAGUGAGCUUUUAUGUUGACGUUGAGAAGAAGUCCUUAAAGAGCUCAGAAGACAUUUACGACUCCAUGACAACCCUGUCCACUGAUGAAGAUCAUGUGAUAUGACUGAAAGCUCCAGAACAGCUACUAAAUGGACCUUUUAAGAGGAGAUCAAAAUGUCAAGAAUGAACUUUGACUCUCAACUUUGAAGCCAAUGUGGAGAAGAAAGUCCUACAUCUACGAUUCCAUGGCAACCAGGCAUUUCCAUCCACUGAUGAAGAUCAUGUGAUAUGAUUGAAAGCUCAUAUUCAAGUAGCUACUAAAUG